UCGUCCGGAUUAUGUUCUUUACAAGCACGUACCUUCUAUGGACUUAGCUGCUUUCGCAUACUGAAAAGAUUGUCACUUUUGAGUUCGCGAACAGGAAUAUUCGUUGGUGAAGGGAAGGUUAUUCACUUCACUCGAGGGGCAGGACACGAAAUCGGCAGGGGUACUGUGUUAGACCGCAUCAUUUUGAAAUCAUGUCCCAAUCCUCUCGUCGGCACUGAAUGCCAGAUAUGCGGAGAUCAGUCGAGGCUUGAUGGUGUCAUCUCUUCCUGCAUCGACUGCUUCCUUUCAGGUGGAAACCUCUACCUCUUUGAGUACGGCGUGUCCCCUGUUUUCUAUCUUGCUAGCGCUCGAGGAGGGACUUGCACACUUGCGAAAUCCGACCCCCCUGAAGAUGUGCUUCACCGUGCCUCUUACCUCCUCCAGAAUGGCUUUGGAGGCUACAAUCUUUCCAACAACAACUGUGAGGACUUUGCUAUCUACUGUAAAACAGGUCUGCUUGUAGUGACAGCAAGUAGUGGAGGCCGAAGUGGGCAAGCAGCAGCUUUUCAGGCUGCUUCAACUGCUGUCGGGUCCUCUCCACUUAGAUACUUGACGACCCGUGUUACUGGUCUGGCAGUUGGUGGUCUGGUGAGUUAUGGCAGGUAUUGCAUCAGUCGUUUGGUCUCUGACAUUGGGUUUCACCAUGAUGUGGUUAAAGUACCGGUCGAAAGACUUGUGGAUCAAUCUCAUUUAUGUGAUCCCCAAGCUGCUGUGGAUAUUCCCACUCCCAGUCGUAUUGUCAUAGCCGAGAUUGACUAAAGAUUGCACGCUGCAAUUUGCCGGCAGUCUCCACCAGAACUUUGCCGGCAGUGGAGAUGAAAACACUCUGCAAAAUGAUAUGACCUGAUGAUCGUCACCUUCUCUGUAUAGAAGUAAAGUCGCAAGAGAAAGUGGUUCUACCGUUCUCUCCAAUUCUGAUAUUUCUGCUUCUGGAUUGUUUUUAAGACGCUUUUUGAGCAAAUCUUGUUUGACCAUCAGAAUUAGUUCUUUAAGCUA